AUGGCCUUAUCUCAACCGGCCACGAAUGGCCAUGAUGACUCCCUGUCCCCUCUGGAACAACCAAUUGCGAUCACCGAAGAUACCUCCCCACGAACCGAUAUCUUCAAUGCCAACUCCGUGGCCGAGAUCAAGGCAGCUCUAUCCCGCCUCCACACCCAAGAAGCCUCAGUGACUGCCCGUUUGGAUGCAUUGGUGAACUCACAGAAAGACUUGUCUCGGGAACUAGGUCGGUUGGAUCUCAUGCGAGCCCACAUUGGUACUCAAUCAACCACGACCCGAACCAUCAGCCAUGGAAUGCUUUCCGAAGCAGCGGGCACAGCUGAUCGGAUAUCGCGUGCUGUGCGCCGACUAGACUUGGAACAGGCUCGAGUGAAAGCUACAUUGGGGGUGGUGGAGCAGGUUGCGGAACUUAAGGCAUGCGCCCUGGGCGUUGCAGGGUCGAUGGGCGCCUCCCAGGAUUGGGAGACAGCGGCCAGCUACCUUCACCGUGCUUCACAGAUCCCGCCGGCGGUGAUUAAUGGAGCCUUUGCCGCUGAGAUGGUGCCGACGGCCGAGGUGCCCGACUCACCAAGUGUGACUUUGGAUACAGCCGCAGAAUCAUUAUGCGGGCUAUUCUUGCGGGAAUUCGACAAAGCAGUCAAGGAGAAUGACGGUGCGAAGAUCACCCGGUUCUUCAAGCUGUUCCCACUUAUCGGUCGAUCCGAGGUUGGACAGGAUGUUUACGGUCGCUACGUCUGUCAGGGUGUGGCGGCAAGAGCGCGCGGUAAUCUCAAUGCCAGCACAGGGGCGCAGGCUAAGGACGGUUUCUUUUACGCCAAUGCCUUGACUAAGUUAUUUGAACAUAUCGCACAGAUCAUUGAUGGUCAUGGCGGGCUAGUCGAACGUCACUACGGCCCUCGGAAGAUGGGUCGUGUCAUUGAGCGACUUCAGGUCGAAGCCGAUGUACAAGGUGGCAUCAUCCUUGACACUUGGGGCGAUGAGCGACACGUGGAUCGAAAGUUGAUGGAAAUCAAGUCAUAUGCAUUCACAUUCCUGGUGCAGAGUUUCCUCCCUGCGCAACGCCCAGGUCAACCCCGUACACACUCGCCGGCUCCAGGAGGUGCCACGGCUACCGAAGAUGAAGGGGUUGACAUGAAAGAAAUUGAUGAAAUUCUCAAUGAGAUGGGUAUCAUGCUCGGUCGCUGGUCUCUUUACUGUCGCUUCUUGGCAGAUACAUGUAACCCUCCCGUCGAAGGUGAAGAGGAUAACGAUACGAGAUAUGAGCUUCCUGCGUUCUUGCAAGAGUCUUCUUUGGCACGCAAAAUCAAUGACCGGCUAGUGGCUCCGUUUAAUGCCAUGACUACUUUCUUCUUCCGCCGGUCUGUAGAGAAAGCAUUCCAACUGGAUGAAUCACCAUCCGGCUUGAACUUGAAUUUGCAACGACCACUCCAAGCAGACCCUCCUCACAUUACUUCUGCUGUGGAUGACAUAAUGUAUAUUGUCAACAAGGUCUUACAGCAGUCUUUGGCCACUUCUCAGGAAACUGUGGUAACCAAUGUCGUUCCUACAUUAUCUCGCGUUCUCGGAUCCGACUUUAUCGGCAUGACCCAGCGCAAGAUGCGUGAUGAAUGCUACCCGCGCGCUGCUGUUCAGGGAGGCCAGCCCCCAGAGCAAAUAAUUAUCGCAUUCCUGGUGCAGAUCAACAAUCUUGAUGUCGGCAUCGAUUAUAUUCGGCGCAUUGUUCAAAACACCACGGGUUUAAAACAGCCUCUUCCCACCUACAAGGAUGGCAACCAAGAUCAACCGCCGCAGGUCACCGAACAUCUCCUCUCGCUCUUCCCAGCUCCUGCAUCCGCACUUAAGGUUGCGACAACCCUCUACGCCCUAGCGAGCUCCUUUGAAAGCAAGGUCAAUGACCUUCUCACCGACGGUAUUCAAGUCGUCUUUAACAACGUUAUCAAGAACCGACUCCGGCCUAUCCUUGCCGAUGCAUUCCGUGACAUUGAAUACCACCCUUCAAGCGAUGCCGACCAAGCUAUCGAUACCCAGGAUGACUUCCACGAGCACGACGGCAGCAGCAAGGAACUCGUUCGUCCUCGCUUUGCAGCUGGCUGGUCGGAACUCCUUGUCCCCAUAGCCCGUAUCCUCACACAGCAGGCGUUUGACCGUCUCCUCACCGUGACUAUCGCUUAUUUCGCUCGUCUGUUAGAGAAACGGUUGUGGUCUUACCAGGGCCGGGUGAACCCGCUCGGCGCAGGCCGUCUCGAGCGCGAUAUUGCUGGACUUGUCAGUGCCGCAGUGGACGUCGGUUACGGAUCUGGUACACCAGGUCGCUACCGCCACCGCGAAGCACUUUCCCGGUGCGUACAGAUGACGCUGGUAAUGAGUAUGGAUGAAGAUGAGUGGGAUGAAGUUUUGAAGGGCGGUGAGGCCGCAGAGGUGGUAGAUAAGCUUACCCGUGAGGAAAGAGUACGCGUUCGUGCAAUGGUCCGACGCAGAUGA